AGGGAAUCGGAUUUUACUGCCAUUAAUCCAAUCCUGAAACGCUUCGGAUUUUUGUCAAUCAAGCAGUUAACUGUGGUUGAAAUUCACCUAAUCCAUCUCCCUAUAAAUACCCAUAUCUCAAAUCCUCGUGAGCUUUUCCAUGCUUCCUGCUGUGGCCGCCUUGCUUUUUCAAACACAAGUUUCUGCUUAACGCAGAGCUUUAUCUUCCUCGACAAGAGCUUUGUUAGCUCUUCCGUCGGAAUUUUUCUAAAGAUGCCUAGCGUCAUCCCUGAUCCAUCCGAUAAGGAUUCAGAGCCCUUUGUUGAGGUCGAUCCCACCGGACGCUACGGCCGUUAUGCUGAACUGCUAGGCUCCGGCGCGGUGAAAAAAGUUUACCGGGCAUUUGAUCAAGAAGAAGGAAUAGAGGUUGCAUGGAAUCAAGUCAAGUUAAGAAACUUCUCUAACGAUCCAACGAUGAUCGAUAGACUUUAUUCAGAAGUCCGAUUGUUGAGAAGCUUAACCAACAAGAACAUUAUUUCUUUCUAUAAUGUAUGGCGUGACGAAGAUCAUAAUACUUUGAAUUUCAUAACUGAAGUUUGUACUUCUGGGAAUUUGAGGGAAUAUAGAAAGAAACACAGGCAUGUUUCAAUGAAGGCACUCAAGAAAUGGUCCAAACAAAUCCUGAAAGGUUUGAAUUAUUUGCAUACACAUGAGCCUUGCAUCAUACACAGAGAUCUCAACUGCAGCAACUUGUUUGUCAAUGGCAAUAUAGGCCAGGUUAAGAUUGGUGAUCUUGGUCUGGCUGCUACAGUGGGGAAGAGUCAUGCAGCACAUACAAUUCUUGGGACACCAGAAUAUAUGGCACCAGAGCUGUAUGAGGAAGAUUACACAGAAAUGGUGGACAUAUAUUCAUUCGGUAUGUGUGUGUUAGAGAUGGUGACUUUGCAAAUUCCAUAUAGUGAGUGUGAAAAUGUUGCAAGAAUAUACAAGAAGGUUUCCUCUGGAAUUAGGCCUCAGGCUUUAAACAAGGUUAGGGACCCUGAAGUUAGAGCAUUCAUUGAGAAAUGCCUUGCUCAGCCUAAAGCAAGACCUUCUGCUGCAGAUCUCCUCAAAGAUCCAUUCUUUGAUGGAAUUGUUGAUGAUGACGAUAAUGAUGAUAAUUCUUGUUCGUGAUACAUAUUAUUAUUAAUAUUGAUUAUUGUAUUUUGUUAAUGAUACCAAUCAAUUUUAGAAGUGUAUGCCUCAAUAAGCUUUA